GAGAAUUGACACUUUGCACCGAAAGACCCCACCCAGCGCGGCGGUCUACGAAGGUUGAGUAACCACACAGACCAAGCAAAAAAAAAACUUAUUCUUUCCUGCGAAUUACAACUGUACGUUGCCUUUUGUGUUUCCGAAUUGUUUUACCGCGACAACUGUCCCAAGUAAAGUAAAAGCGAAAACACAAGCUGUCACGCUCGAGAAAAGUAAAACCGAGUCUUCUUAAAAGAGGUAUCGUGCCCUCUUGGAUAUCCAUUCAUGCAUAUUUACACCAACGAUCCACUGGUCAGAUAGCUCAUUGCUCGUACACCACGAAAUCACGUAUUCUUUUUUAAUAUUCCUCAUACUGUUUCUUCCUUUGUUGAGGGAUAUCCUCAUCUAAGGUACUGAAGAGUCUCUUUUCCUUCACUCCUGCGUAAUUGCUGGUGCACGUUUAGGAGAGAGAUCGAGAUCGACUUCAUCAGACUGCGCAAACUGUAAAGCAGAAUAAAAAAGCGGUGUAUCCAUCUCCUUGAUUGUAAUGUGAAAAUAACGUUUCUCUUUCGUUUUCUGCGUCUGUUCAUACAACGUGCUCCAGCACCGAUAAUCCUCCCCGCAAGUUUUCUUUUUGUUUCUGAUUCCUGUACUCCAAUAUCGCUGGUUUCCCUCGUUUCUAUCCCGUAGCUGGCUAUUGCUGCUCUCUUCUUCUUUUCUUUUCUUUUCUUUUCUGUGUACAUAAAGUUCACUUCCCACGAAUCCAAGUGUUUCUUAUUGAGUCUGCGCUGCUCGUCCAUCGUUAACCGUAAAAACCCCUCCGUACUCCUACCCUUUGCAUGUAGGAAACACAGGUUAAGUCCGCCGAGGCCUUUUUCCUUUUUCCCCUGGUCUACGUUAGAUUUUGUUAUUUGUACGUGUAUUUCUAUUCCUAUUAGAAUCGCAAGUCCAAUUUUUGGUUGUUGUUUUUCUCUGGGUGUGUGAGGGGUGUUCGAUUAACGCCCUUUUGUUUUUUAACGGUGAGUGCUCUUUAGCAGGGUACUCGAGCAUCGGUUUCAAUCCUUUUCCCUUCGUUACUCUUCUUGUUUUUUCCCCUCUCCUUAUAAACUUCAUAUUUUGUUUCAUACUCAACACGUACCGACUUGUUGUGCGUUCCAUUAAAUAUGAGUUUUCUGGUUGGCAUUGGUACGACUCGCUUGUCACGGCCCCGUCAUCGUCUUCUUCUUGCCAUUUGCCUUCUGUGGACACUGGAGUGUUGCGUCCUGUCCUGCGCCUCUGCAGCUAUCUUCGAUGCAUCGGCGGUGAGCGUGGUGGCCAGAGUAACGCCACAGUUCAACACGGAGGCCGGCCAGCGACUGGAGUGCGACCGUGUCGGUGGCAGCCUCUUCACCGACGUGUCAACUGCGGUGCAUGCAAAGCUGAGAGCGCACAUGAUCAAUCACGUGGGCGUCUCGACCUACAUCGGCUACCUUGGCGGGUCGUCGGCGCAGUCCCCUGCGUGCCCCACCACAGGUCCGUCACUCAAGUGCAUUUGGCGGUGGGACAGCGGCCGCUACGGAGCGGUGGAAACCGUGUUCUUGUUCUACAAAGGCAACGCUCCUCCGCAAAAACUACUCGGUGUUGGACCCUUGAACAACCUGCCGUCAUUUUGGUACUCUGCGAACUCCACUCAGCAGUACCCUGAGAGCCACCAUCAACAGCAUCUCGUCAUGAUGCAAACAGCAGGUAGGAGCGCGGCGUGGAAGGACAGUAGCCCUGCCAAAUUCUCCUAUAGCACACUGAACACGGGCACGUGGUACGCGCUGUGUAUGCUAACAUCUGCAGCGACGAAGACAAGGAUGGCGCCCACUUCGCAAACACGCCGCAGCAGUCCACUGCAAAGCCGUGAAAGCGUCUCCUCAGCUGGCGGCGCUGCACCUGACGGCUUCCUCUCUCUCGCCACGUACGACGGUACCGAUACGCAGCCCAAAAACUCCAGCACUCCGUUGAGCGCUGGUGCAUGGGCUGGGAUUGGUGUGGUGAUCGGCGUGGUGGCGACCGCGUUCGUAGUCGGCGUUGUGUGCGUGCUGGGAAAGUACCACGGCUGGUGCUGCUUCGGCAUCUCUACUCGAGCGGAUGCUGCCGCGGCGGAUGCGUCGUCUUCGUCUUCCGAUUCUCGUCGCAACGCUGGUGAAGACAUUCGGCCGUCUUUCGCCUCGCGCAGCGCUUCGACCUCCGCUGCCACGUCACGCAGCGUCAGCGAUCGCGUCGUGGCGAAAACGCCUGCCGGCGCACCGGGCGGGUUCGGGGAGCGCCGACAGCACCGAUUCGCUGGCGAGUCUGCAGACGGCCUUUGCGCAGUUCGCCGUGCCAGCAGUAGAGGAGAUGCACGACGUGGCGAGGGCCCUCGCCGGCGGGGGUCAUCCCGCCCCCCGCCCGAUGCAGCUGGAGCCGCCCCACCCAAGCUCUUUUUCCUCCCCCGCCUCCGUCCCCGCCGUCGUCACGUCCCCUGCGUCGAAAGGCACUCGCAUAGCGAAUCCGUACGUGUACACGCCGACGCCGUCGCUGCCGCCGGAGCCGGUCCCGCAAGCUGGACUGACGCGCACACGAAGAAUGUCCACCAUACGCACGCCACACCGUCCGCAGCAUCGGCGAUCGCCGAGCGUGAGCUUUGUGGACCUGAGUGA